AUGGUGUUUAAUUCGUUGACCGAGGCUCCUCGGAACCUCAAGGAGAGUAUUGACUGGUUGAUGGCCCUGAAGGGAACAGAUGCCAGAAAGAACUUGGAGGCCAUAGGUUAUGCUAUCUAUGACUUUCUCGCAGACAAGCCCGUUGGUUUCAUGGAAUUGCCAGCUCUCGAGAAAAUAAAAAGUGUUGCUAAAGAGUUCCUGGGGCAGGAGGAGCUUAAGGAUAGGUUCUACGUGAGUGCCCUCCUGAAACGAUACACGGAACCUAUGGGUAAAAACUUCUUGUUGCGGUUGAAGAGUCCGUGGACUACCCACCGAAGCGAUUAUAAGAACGUAGUAAAUAGAUGGGGUGUAAAACCUGGAGGUAUCGCAAAGAACAUAGCUCAGGUUGUGUCUGUUUGUGACGUGUUCCUGGAACAUAUCAAAUCCCCUGACCAGUACAAGUCUGCUUACAGUUCAGAAGCGACGUGGGAUGCAUCAUGCGCGAAAAAGCCAGAAGAUUGCGCAGUGGUCCUCGUGGGGAUUGCGCCUAUGUUGUACGCAGGUCUAUUAUUUUUGUUGGACGUGGCCAAUCCCGGACUCCUUGAAUGCUUAUUGCCUCGCAAUGAAAAAGAGUUUUUGCGAAAGGUGAUGAAAGCAUUGGGUUACGUAGAGCCGGAAUGUUGUGACUUCCUGAGUCGUUCAAAUCUCCUCCAUGCGUUGCACUAUGUGGAUAAAGAUGUAUUGGACUCCAUCUACGAUAUCGCCGGCUUCUGGGCAUUCUACGGGGUCGAUAAAACAGGGGUUCAGAGUGCUAAACAGUCUGUAGGAACCGAAGAAUCUGCAGGACCUGAAGGAGUCGCAAAAUCUGUAGAAGCUGAAGGUGUAGACGCUGCAGAAGGUAAAGGCGGUGAAGCAGCUGAACAACCUGCAGGAGUUGAAGAACCUGUGAUAGCUGAAGAACCUGUAAAAGCGGUAAAAGCAGCAAAAACUGUAAAAGCUGCGAAAAAGGCUGCAAAAAAGCUUGCCAAAAAGGCUCGACAAAAAAAGAAUCCGAUCCCGGAUCCCCAGUGA